AGAGCAUUGAGGUGGGAGCGCCGGAUUUUGCGACAUUUGGAACAAAUUUAGUUCAGAUUUUUUUGGUCGACGAACAUCAAAGCAGCGAGCGUUUCGUCCAAGCGACCCAACUCUUCACGCAGUUCGCGAAAACGACCAUCAUCUAUGCAUUUUCCAGCUGUAAGCAAACACUGCUCUACGUGCUUCUAGAUCCGUCUUUAGCGGUGCUUCGAGGACGCUUGUUGCUUUUGCUGCCUUCGUACAUGAUCUUCUUCCUGCCGUGGAUCGAGUGCCUCUAUAUCGCGCUAGGAUGGAGAAAAACACUGGAUUUAGACGACCCGUUGCUGCAUUGCGACUACGUCGAGUACGGUGCUCACUCGCAAAGUAGGCGGAGACGGGAGCAAGCACUAGCGCACUUACCAAAGACAUCGAAGAAUUCUCCCUUGUUCUUAGUACGACGACCAGACCCGCGUGAUAUU